CACAUACGCUACAAGCCUACAACAGAUUAGGAUGAUCGUCACACCAAAACACUUUGCUUUUUGCGCCCCAAAAAACCCUUGUCUAGCCACGCGUCGAAUCUUCCAGCGACACGGGUGUUACCACGUGUAACUUCGGACGACGAUGUCCUCUCCCGCGGAGCCUCCAAACUGCGAGCUCAUCGAGGGCAACCCGGACUUCUACGGCUUGGGCAUCCGAAUCGGCGUGUACCUGCAAUGGAUAACGGCCUGGGUCAGCCUGCUCGUGGACCCCCUAUCGGCACAGUCCGUGUACGACGUCAACUCCGUCUUCGUCUUCGCCAUCCUGGUCGCCACCAUGAUCGCGACCUUCGCUAACAGCCCCACCAUACAGCCUAUAGAGACGUACAUCAUGUUGCAGUUUUGCCUAGGAUUCUUCGUGACCACAUUGAGCACGUUCGGGUUGAGGCUGCAUCUGCUCCGUCCGAGCUCUGUUGCUGAGCUGCUUCGGAAUCUCGAUAGGCUGAAGAGAGCGGUGAGAGCAUCCUUACAGGAUUCGACUUGGUUCAGUGUUAUGUGGAGGAUAGCCAGAAACAAGAUCAAGCUACCGUUGAAUUAUAUCUCGCCGCUCAAGCCUUACCAUCUUUCGUGGUCGGGAGUCUUUUGGCGGACGACGACAGUCUGCGUGCUGACGGCCGUCAAUAUCUGGCUUUGGUUUGCCUCGCAGCCCAACUACCGAUUGGCUAACCAGACUUGUGAUCCUCCGUUCGUGUUCUUCUUUUCGAGGCAGCAGCUCGAUGGUGCCAUUGUUGGCUUCUUCAAGACCGUCUCGAUUUUCAUCUUGAUUAUCGUCAUCCUGCCAUUCUUAGUGUUAUUUCAGUUAACGAUACGGAUCAUGCACAAUGCAAUCAUGGCUUUGUAUAGAGAUUUGCUGCAUUACAUGAUACCCGAGGCACCGCAGCGUUUAAAACAGCCUUUAGACCGUAUCAACUCGAUAUUUAACAGCUUCGGUUUGGACCCUGCUACUCUGUCUCAAUUUACGGGGUCUUUUGAUGUCCUAGAUUUCUUAUCUAAACCAAGCGAAGAAACUUACCGCUUUUCCGACGUUCUUAAACUAAUCGUAUACCUUGGAAGAGGAAAGGAUGGAGAGCGCCGAGUAGUCGAAGCACAAGCGAAGAGUGGGAACACACCACCUUAUGAUAGGGCAUAUUACCUUAACCGUCGAUUCUGCCUACUUUGGAAUGUCUAUGUUGUCCUCAGUAUCAUCUGGUUCAUCCUUAGCAUCGAAUUUACUCUGUCAUGGAACAACAUCCAGGGGGUCAAUUCAAUCGACAGUGCAGGGCAACUCAUCCCGUUCGUCAUUGGCGCCGUCAGCACAUUACAGGUUAUGAAGAAAGUCAUAUUACUAGGUCUUUCCAAGAAAUAUGAUGACGGGGUAGAAGUUACCGUGGAUGCUUCCAUUGACUUGGUAGGCACCCAGGGGACGUUCAAGAUUUUAAAAACCAGGAGCACGCUCGAAAAUAAAUACCAGGGAGAUUUCUCCACUCCAAGACCUAGAACCGGUCCUGAGAACGCUUUAACUAUUACGGAUAAUCUCACCGCCAAGAGUCGAGCCAAUAGGGAAGUCCGAGAAGACAAUAUGGGCUAAUUGCCUUGGUAGACAGCCAAACAUCUAAUCAACAUAACAAUCCAGAUACUCCAGAUACAUACCAGGUACCUGGGUGGUUUCCAUGAUGCAAAAAAGUUGAGAUGGGCACCGAGGUACGUAAAUAGCUUGAA